GAGCUGGCACUGGGGCUGGGCCUCGAAAUGUGAGGCUUAUCUGGAAAAGGGCAGGGAUUGGGAAGACCUCAAGGGUCACAUUGCAUGCCCCUUUCUGAGGCUCAGCAGCUUCGAGUCAGUUAAAGCAAUGACUUUUUGGGCUUACCUUAAAAAUCCAUGUGAAUUUUUCACUAGAAUCCCUGUUCUAUUUUUAACAGAAAAAUGUUUUCCUAUAAACCUCACAAAAGCCACACUCAGAGACUAAACAAACAGAUUUAGAAAGUUUGGGUCAAGGCCACCUCUAGAGAGAGGUGCCCAGGGGCCGGGCGCUCAGACACACACGGAACCCUGACUGCCCAGAGCUGGGCACGCUUCCACACUCCCAGAACGCAGGCCAGCACUCUGGGGCCUCCAGAACCUGCCAGUCACUCCAGGCACACCUGCUGCUGGGCGGGCCUGCGUGAGGACACGCGCAACCACAGUGGGCCUCAGAAGGGACCCUCGUCAUUCUGCGCGUCUCCCACGUGGCACAACUCUCAGCCGCAGGUCUGCCCAGCCAUCACCAGGCUCUGAGGGCAACACACUCAGCCCAGAAGCUGCCUUCACACUGGUCCCAGCAACAGGGGCCGCAGCAUUCCCUCCCAGGAGGGAUAAACCACAGAGCCCACUUCCCAGACCUGCCUCGAGGCCCACCUGCCCAGGCCUGGGGCUGCAGAUUCACAGGGGACCCUGGAGAUGCCAAAGAACAAGUGGCCUUGAGUGACCCGCCGCACCAUCCCCUGCCAAUGACAAGCCAGCCUGUCCAGCUUUGACUGAUGAGCAGUUCCCCUGGAGUCAUGUCAGCACGCGCCAGCUUCAUUCUUCCUGGGGACCUGUUGUGAUUGGAUGGCCUCAUUAAGAAACAGGGCCGAGAUGGCAGGGUUAGGACAGAACACGCAGCAGCCUGUGGGAGCUGUGCCCUCAUCGCUCAACUGCCAGAAGGAGAUUUGACCUUUGCAGGAAGUGCCAGGGCCCCUACACCAAGACCCUGCAGCUCCGCAGGCCCUGACGCCCAGCUGCAGCCCAGAGGAUGGCAGACUGGCUGUCACGUAGACGCGCGUAAGCAGCACUCUGUCAGAGCCACGUGUCCGAGCGUGAGCAGCGUGCUCCAGAGUCGAGGAGCGCUGGCAAGGGUGGGCCGGGGACAGGCGCUCUCGGGCAUCGCUGCCAGCGAGCUACCAGACCGAGACUGACACGUGUGCCAGGCCUGGGCCCCCUCCGCACCUCACGUGCUUGUGCUGCUCAGGUGGAAAUAAAGAAAAAUACAGAACACAGAAACACAAAAACCCCCAAGUCAGGAGUCAGGCUCACAUGUGCGCAGCACAGAGAGGACCGUCCCGGUGGCAUCUACACUAGCGACCGGGGCGUGACUGAGGCACAGCUGUCGGCAGGCUGCGCUAAUGUUACUCCCUGACUCCACGAGUCUGCAUCAGCCCCAGGAGGAGACCCUGAUGAUGUACACUUGAGGUGGUCACACUCAGACAGCAAGGAUGUGGACCAAGACUUAACAGUGGCCAGCUCUGGCUGCUGUGGCUCCGUGGAUUGAGUGCCGGCCUGCAAAUCGAAAUGACGUGGGUUCAGUUCCCAGUCAGGGCGCAUGCCUGGGUUGCAGGCCAGUGUUUCCCUCAGACGAGGGCUGGGUUGGCGGCAUAGCCUGCAGCGGUUGCUCCUCGUUGCAAGGACUUUGCCUCUCAAUCCCAAACCUUUCCUCAGUGGAUUAACGGGAAAGCCAGGAGUGGUGAAAUUUAAGUGGGGAACAGAGUACACAGCCUGCCCGCUAUCUGCGGAAGCUGUAUGGACCUGCAGCUUGCAGACAGAAGAGGACAUAGCUGGAGCGUCGGGACACCUGGGUGAACUUUGAAUAAAGUGUAAUAAUGUCCUUUAUAUCAGGGGUGUUGGAGAGGAGGAAGAACAUGGGGAAAUGAGAUAAUAGCAUCCCUUUAUGGGGAAUGUUUUAAAUAUAUAUUUCUAGACAAUAAAAGUUUGUUUAAAACAAACAAACAAACAAACACUGGCUGGGUGGCCAGACUCCUGGAUCUCUCUUUCUCCCUCUUGCUGUCCUUUCCCAAUUUACAUAAUGAGCCAGUGCUCUAUUUACAGAAUGUUUCUCAAAUCUUUGACCCGGAAGAGGUGGCAGACAUCACCAACUACAAAUGAGGAGGACAUGGAGGCCCAGACACCAGAGGCUUGUCCCAGGCACCAGACGCGCAGAGCGGCGCUGUGACCUCACACAACAACUGUGUGGCACACGUACAGGACUGUCAGCUGGUUCCGAGUCAGUUGUACCUACAGGAGGCCCCACGAUGCUCCGUGUGCACCGGGAGAUCUGAAACCUUCCAGCACAUUUGGACAAUAAAAGGAAGGCAAGGGCUCUGGCAGAGACGGGAUGCAUGUGCCAGGGCUCUGGGUCUAUUCUGACCCUCAGCACUGACCCUGGACACCUCCCCUGGACACAGCCCCUCAGACAUCAGGACCCUGACCGCCAGCCUGGCUCCUCAGCCCCAGACGGACACCAUUCAAAGGACUGCAGCUUAGCCAAACAGGGACGGACUCACAGAUGGAGAGCAGGUGACAGCUUGUGGGACGGUGGAGGUUACGGGAUGGAGGGAUUGAUCGAAAAGGAAAGAGGACGCAUGGACAAAAAUGUGCUGAUUGCUGGGGGGAGGGGGGUAUAAGGGGACUAAAUGGUAAUGGGAGAAAUACAAUAAAGCUCAAGUAAAAAUGAUUAAAAAACACUAUUGUUGCUUAGAAAUCCAGAAUUUAGCAUGACACAUGUGACUCAAAGGAGGCUCACCAGAAGCAGAGGCCCCCACCCAGGAGGCUCCUGAGGCUUCUCCUGGAGCAAAUGUGCCUCAGACUCACCUGAGGGGGUCCCACCAGGACAGGGCCUAGCGCACAUGGUUCACAGGGCCCGUCUAUUCGGCGGGACCAGACCCACUUAGAGAAGGCCGCCCGAGCGGGGACGGGCCGUCAGCAGAAUGCUGUGGUGAAGCUGCAAGCUCCAGGACACCUGCCCAGGUCACAGCUGUUACGAACAUUCACGUCACAAGGCAAAGGGGACGUCCAACUGCCCCGUUUUCUCAGGUACUUCCCUCCCUAGAGACACUGCAGGGACAGAACAGCUGCACCUAAAUCCCCCACAGAUGUCACACUGCUUAUCUGGGUGGUGUGGGUGUGGGUGUUUACCAUAAAACUGCCGGCAUUAGAAAGUCAACUAGAGAUGGGAGCAGGCGAGAACUAUGACCCCCAGGGCAGAGGCCUCAGCUGGAAGAACCCAGAGUGGUCCCGGCCGCACACACUCUGUGGGGCUCUGCCAGCCUUGGGUGAGGCCUCCUCAGGGCCAGAGUCUCCAGCCCCCUGGGCACCGGAGCACAGCAGCCAGGAUGCCGGCCAGGGGUUCAGAUCUGGCCCACUGCUCCCUCCAGGCACCCGGGCCCUCACUGCCAGCUGUCUCCUCAGCCACCGCCCUGCUGGCUCCCAGGUGGCCUCUGCUCUCUUCCUGCGCCCAGCCCUGCCAGCAGAUCAGUGCAGAGGCCACCCUUCCUGGGCUCUGGGGCUGAAGGGCAGGCCCUCGGCUCCUCUGCUCCCCAACGCCCUCUCCCCGAGGACUGCCUGGCACUCAGAGCCCCUCCAUCUCCCGCUUUGAAAAGCCUUCCUCAGACCACCUACCGACAAUGAGUGGCUGGUUGGCCCAGCUCAGCCUUCUGGAACCAUCCCCAUCCACCCAAGCUGACUUGCAAAAGCCGGCCAAGACACUGGAGGCCCAAUGCUGAGGAAACCAGAGCCCACAGGACCUGGGGGAGGCAGUGGGUACGCCCCUCACUUAGGUGCCUCGAGCCCGUGCCCACACACAUGACGAUGGCAUGUGGACUCUGGGGCAGUGUUCUCCGGGUCCAAGGCAUCCAGUUUCUUGCAAGAAACUUCAGUGACUGCACAGGCUCUGGUGCCCACAGUGGGAGCUGGCCCUCCAGGGCCAGUCCUAAGAGCAGCCGGGGGCUGGGAGUGGAGCAGGAAGAGGCAGCCGGGGAAGUGAGGAAGACUGGGGGCAGGCACCUCGAGGUCUCAGUGAGCCAGUGAGCCGGUGGGUAUGUGUAAGAGAGAAGCAAUAAC